GACAGCGCGCCAGUGCAUAACGGCAUUCAUAUCGCGCAGCUACUUAUUCCAAGAUAACGGCAUUACAGCUCAUUUAAUUAGAUAUAAUUAUUUUUAUUUUUAAAUAAUUACAUCUUUGCCUCCCCGUAAAAUGGAAGAUUGUCAAACGCCAACGCUGGCCCAGGUGAUGGAGUUCAAGUAUGAGGUUACGCCCACCAUGGUUUUCGAUUCGAGCCGCCUCCAUGACGGCCAAAGCCUUUUUGUAAAUCACAUCCAUGUGCGCUGUUUCACUCCGACUAUGAAGAACUUUCAAUCGCCCGGGCUUUCACCCAUCAACGAGUGCACGCAGACGCUGAUUGGCGGUGUCGCUAUAGGAGUGGCAGCUAAUAUGGAGUGCCUACAGAAAUCCAAGCCAAUGGCGGCCCCUAUUAAGGAGGAGUACUUCAAAGCACCUCUUUCGAAGUCGAAAAAUUCACAUCAAAAACAACAAUCGCAACAACAACAACAACAGAAGCAGCAGCAGCAGCAACAAAAUUACCAAGAACAAUCACAGCAGCUGAAGAACGCCUACGGUUCACAUUUUGUGGGCGAUUCACCGCCAGUCUUCACUUUGAAUUCUACGACAUAUUCAGACACAGACCUCUGCAUUGACAUCCCAAGCCCCGAUAGCUCGGCUAUACUUGGGAGUGCUAAUAAUAACAGCAUCAGCGAUAGCAGCACUAAUGAUUCGGCAGCAAGUUUGAGCAGCAGCAACAAUGUCACGUUCACUAAUAGCACCAACAACAACAGUAACGUGUCAAAGAAUUUGAGCGACAUGAAUCUGCUCGAUCGCACCAUGAAUGUGGCCACGCUGUUGCGUAGUGUCGGCCUGGAGCGGUACACAGAGGCCUUUGAAGAGCAAAAUGUGAACUUGAACCAGUUUUUGAAUAUGAAUGCAGGGGACUUUGAGCGCAUGGGUGUGCGUGCGGUGGAGCAUCAAAAAAUACUUUUAGAUUUGCUGAGCGAAUUGAAUGGCUCUUAACUUUAUUAUAAUUUGCUUAAUACUUUUAUUUGAAUACUUUUUUUGUAAUAUUUUGUUUUGCGAAAUGGUGUUACAUAAUAAGUCUAUUUUUAUCGUGUUGCUUUGUGUGACUUGUGUGACACUUUUCUAUUCUGAAUAAAUAAUAGUUUGGUUUUGAUAAGAAUUUAAAGGAA